CCUUCCUCGCGCGCUCCCUGGCAGACUGCUUGUCUCUUUGAUCCCCCCUACCUCUUAACAACAGCUGACGUCAUCCCGGCAUCUACCCCCUCCUCACCUCCUCUCUCCUCGGCGCGUGCUCGCCGAUAAAGUUUGUGUGUGUGUGUGUGUGCCCGCCCGUACGCGUGCGCGCUCGGCGAGCGCGAGACAGGGGUUUUUGUCUCGCGGGGGAAAGCGCUCUGUGCUUCAGAGGGCUCGCGCACACCGGAGGAGCAGCAGCACGCAGCAGCAGCAGCCCCGCGAGACGAAAGUGAUUUAAAAUACAGCCUCUCGUCUGCUGCAGCCGGUCCCUUCACUCACACUGUGACACUUUAUCACGGCGAGACCGAAAAUUCGAGCCAACGGUGAGAGUAAGAUUAACAGGCCUAACACAAACUAUGGAGGACCAGCUGCUGUGUUGCGAGGUGGACUCCAUCAGGAGAGCCUACCAGGACGUCAACCUGCUCAACGACCGGGUUCUACGCACCAUGCUGAAGGCAGAGGAGAACUACCUCCCGUCGCCGAACUACUUCAAGUGUGUUCAGAAAGAAAUUGUGCCCAAAAUGAGGAAAAUAGUUGCCACCUGGAUGUUAGAGGUCUGCGAGGAACAAAAAUGUGAGGAGGAGGUUUUUCCGCUGGCUAUGAACUAUUUGGACAGAUUUUUAUCAGUGGAGGCCACCAGGAAAACAAGACUACAGCUGCUGGGAGCUACGUGCAUGUUUCUAGCAUCCAAGAUGAAGGAGACUGUGCCCUUAACGGCUGAGAAACUCUGUAUCUACACGGACAACUCGGUCCAGCCCGGAGAGCUGCUGCAAAUGGAGCUGCUGGUUCUCAACAAGCUGAAGUGGGACCUGGCUUCAGUCACACCUCACGACUUCAUCGAGCACUUCCUGUCCAAGCUGAAGAUCUACCCGUCCACAAAGCAAAUCCUCAGGAAACAUGCUCAGACCUUUGUGGCCCUCUGUGCUACAGAUGUCAACUUCAUUGCCAGUCCUCCAUCCAUGGUGGCAGCUGGCAGCGUGGUGGCAGCUGUUCAAGGUCUCUACCUGAAGAGCCAAGAUGCCUCCUUGUCCUCCCAGAACCUCACCAACUUUCUGUCACAGGUCAUUCGCAGUGACCCGGAUUGCUUGCGGGCCUGUCAGGAGCAGAUAGAGUCUCUGCUGGAGUCCAGCCUGCGGCAGGCUCAGCAGCACGGCGGCACAACGGAAACCAAACGCGUGGACGAAGACGUAGACUUGUCCUGCACUCCAACAGACGUCAGAGAUAUCAACAUCUGAAACAAUUCGACCGCCGCAUUGCACUGAUGAUCGAAGGAAAGUGGUCGACUAUGGGCGGUGACAGGCGGGCCGGGGAGGGGGUGCCUCAUCUGCCUCCCCUCCUCCCUCUCCCUCUUCCUGGUGGGCUGCUAUCAUGGCCGACAUGUCACUCACUGUCCGCUACAGCUGCCGAGACGGGACCGAGUGCCCGGCAACAAACCCCAAGUCACAUUUCCAGUGUCCCCUCCCAUCCUGGGAAAAGAAAUGAACACUACAGAAAUGUACAAGAGAUGAAAGACAGCGUAUAAUGAUGCCCUGUGUGGGCUGGCGUCAAUGCCACAAAGCAGACAUUUUAGUAGAUAUCUUUUCUUAUUCCCUCAAAUAUUAAACUAGGAAUCUUUAAAUUACCACAGACUCAACUCGCCUACUAAAACAUCCCAAAGUGUCAUGUACAGUAGGUCCUUGUAGUCUGCCUUCUGGUCUUCACCUAAAAUCUGACUUUGGUUAAGGAGAAGAGUUUUUUGUUGUUGUUUCAUUUCUCUUCUUUUAUAUGUAGAAUGGUUUAGACUUCCUGUCCAAGCUCCCAUGUUUGUCUUGUUGCAGUGCAGACAUUCAUAUAUCCCCGCUUGCUUAUGUUUAGUCACUUUAUUAUAUAUGAUUUUAGACCUCUUUAUCAGUUAGUCUUAUACCGCUUUUCUUCAGAGCUUUUGUUUUUUAAACCAAGUGUAGUGUGAGAUGACCCUAGUGACAGUGUACUGCUUAGGGUUUGAACAAAUGUGAUUCUUUGUUCAACAUUUCAGCUUGCCGUUGUUUGAUGAGAUCAUAUCAAUGCGCGGCCAAGCAGAACAGUCCAGUCUGUUCUGUUUUCUUUUGUCUGUGUAGUUCAACCUAAACCAUUCCAACGUUGUUUUCUAAAAAAAAAAAAAGCACUUUUGGUCAGCGCUGCUGGCCGUCUAAAAAAAAAAUCACAGUGAUAAAGUUUGUAAAACAAGAUGAAAAUGGAAUGGGGGUUUGAGCAGGAGUAGUCUUUUGGUGAUGAAGAGUGAGUUGCACCUGGAUCUGAUACAACAAAUGGGACUAAAGAAAUGACCAGUAGCUGCAGAAAUAUUUAAACAAACAAGACUGAAUGCUGCUCCAUACUGUCAUUAGUCUUACAAGAGCCAGCGGCUUCAGUAGCUGCCUACCAGCUCUGAGUUUUAGUUCAAUAAAUGUUUCAUGUGGGCCUAGCUGCUCUUACCUUUUUUAAAAGAUAUGGUUGCUUUAGUUAAACCUCAGUGUGCAGAGCCAAAAGCUGAGGGUGCAGAGGUAAAAGUAAAAAGAAGUAUUAUUUUUGUAGAUAAAAUAAUACUUUAUUUUUAUAUAGUGAAACAUAUUUAUUUUUUUUUAGCUUGCAUUUCUAGUUUGCUAACGAACUGUGGCUCUACCUGCUGAUGUUUAUCAGGCUGUGGGGAUGCUGGAAGUCAGUCUGAGCAUGACAUUUAUGACCAGGAUAAUUUGCACCGUAGUUAAUAGUAAUUAACAACAAUUUAUACACAUUUUGUAUAACAUUUUUUAGUGGAUAAAAUUGAUAAAAAAAAAAGGUACAACCACUUUUCAUGUCAUAUAUGCCAGUGUACACAUGCACAUCACAGUAAAAAAGGAGGACGUCAUUAUAUGUUGAAAUAUUUUUCUGAACAAAUGCUUUUAUUAUGCCAGAGUUUAGUACUACUUCCAGCACCCAUGUCUGGCUCCAGAAAUAUUUGUAAGACUAAAACUCUAGUCUGCUUGAGUCACCAGGAUCACAUCUUUUCUGUUGCUCCACCUCAGUUCAAAUACUGCUCAUGGAUUCUGGGAAGGGGAUGAAGCUAAAAGAAGAAAAGAGAAGUGUUGAGACUAUUGACAUGAUUUUGCACAAAGCUAAAAGACGUGGGCUGCGUUUCUUGCAGAUUUUCCUAAAAAGCGAGGGUGCCGAGGGCUGAAACGGCAGCAAAAGUGGCAAAAAGGGUGAAGGCUAAACAGGGAGGUGUGUCUUAAUGCUGUAGAGUUCAAGUCAGGGUUCCUAUGCAGGGCGGGAAUGUUGUCAUGACCAGGUCGCUAAAUGCUUUAUAUAUGAAGACAGACUGAUUACAAGCAGGAGGGCUCUCUUCAAAUCCAAUUCUGUAAGAAAGUAUUGAAUUCUAUGUCCAACUGCGUAGGAACCCUGUCAAUUAGGUUUCUGAUUGUACAUUAAGGAUAGAGAGUAGGAGAGAAACACUCCUUGUUUUCAGCUGCUAUAGAAAAUAAAUCCCAGCUACGUGUUUAAAAAACAAAAAAAAACAAAAAACGUAAUGGAAUAAAAACAAUGCUUUUCUCUUGUUUGCUGCUACAUUUUUGGUGGUUUUUUUUAUACAUAUAAAUGUCAAUAUACUGCCAUUCUAGGUUUGAAUUUUCUCAUAGAAAAUUGUGUUAUUGACAUCCUCAUUUGUUGUUUUUAUGUAGAUUCUAUGUGAUCUUUUUUUAUAAUUACGUAAUAUGAUUUUCCGAACUAUUCCAAAAAACAAGGAAAAAUGAGACAAUGUACAGAAAUGCUUUGAUCCACAAUACCUCAUGUGACAGUCAAGAUCUAUCUCUAAUUUUUAGUCUUUUUAUUUGUUUAGUUCUUAUUCUAUUCUACUUGUUGGUUCAGUGCCUACUAGCUCUGUUAAAACCUGCUUGAGACAAAGCAUCCGUGAUGGAAACCAGCAAGUCCAGGGCAUGCUUUGAUACUGGUGCCAUAACAGAAAAUGGGAUAUGUAUAACUCUGUUGAGUGUUAAGCUGUCUCGGUGAAAGAGACUUUAUCCCCUCUUUAGGCCCAUAGCGGCCUUCUUUCCUUUCCCCUUUUUAUAUUUAUAAAAGAAAAAACCUUUUGCUCCAAUUUUUAAACUGUCAGUGAGUUGAUUUUUUUGUUUUUGUAAAUAGAUUCAGUGUCGUGCUCGGUAAGCCAUAGACUGUUUUUGUUUUGUUUUUACAAAUCAUUCCACAGUUGUGUCUACUUCAUGCCAGUUGUCGGUAACUGGGACAAACAGUGUAUUCAUAUUUGUGACGACUACACAAUAAAAACAUGAAUUAGA